UAAAUGUAACGCACCAUAAGUCACGACUAACUGUAUUCGCUUAAUGUGACACGGACUGUUGUGUUCUGUUCCCCGUAUGAUUUUGACCACAAGGGCCUACAUCUGAGAGAACUAACUUUAAACGGGUCGAAUUUGCCCCGAACACUACAGGAGGGUUUAAGUGUAUUAUCAGAAUAUUGAACUAGGGAACAAAGGGAAUAUAAAUACGCCCCCGUAGCAGUUACCUGGGGAAAACUACCGAGGUGUUUCACCCGCAGAGGCGGAUGCACAGCAGCUCCUCCACACUGUGAUGUGAUUCAAACCCACCUGAUGAUGCCUCCGCCUCCUCUGUGAGCCCGGAGCUCUCUCCUCCUGCAGCGUCCACAUACUCUCUGCCAACUCCUCAUCGCCAUAUCACCUUUUACACCCGAGCCGUCUCAUAACAGUCAGUCAGAGGACAUGUAGCUCAACCUUUUGUCUGCAGUUUCGAUGCAAGUUUUUUCGUGGCAUCACAUGGACUGUGUCCCAUUCAUGAUUUCCGGAUCGCGCGGAAUCAAGCUGCUGCUGCAGGUCCCUGUGCAGUGGUCUCAUGCCACCAGCAUCAUGCCUUUGGGUAACUAAUUAAUGUGAACCUGGGACCUCCCUGCCCCAGUCAUCAUGGGAUGUGGCACCUCUGUCGCCACAGAAGCACAAGGGAAAAGAGUGGAGGCAGAUGAAGCAGUUAAGACUCCCACCCCGGCUCUGACAAUGAAGGCAGCUGUUUUGAUCCAGCGUUGGUACCGGCGCUACGUGGCCCGCCUCGAGAUGAGACGCAGGUAUACCUGGAACAUCUUUCAGUCAAUUGAAUACGCUGGAGAACAGGACCAGCUACAGCUCUCCAGUUUCUUCAGUUUCAUGCUGGACAACUUCACCCAGCUAAAUGGAAAUGGGCCAGACUUGAUCUCCCAGCUGCUGGACCCCGUGGUCGACCCCUGGCUAGACAGAGAGACCUGCUACAACCUGAUCCCUGUCCCGGAGUCAUACACCGGGCCCAGACUAUCGUUUCCUCUCUCCGUCUCCGAUACAAACGCUCUUCUCAGUGCUUUUAAAGAGCAGCAGACUCUACAUGCCAGAUAUGUUCUGCAGCUGCUGUAUGAGACCAAAAAGCUCCUUAAACAGAUGCCCAACAUCAUCCACUUGUCAACAUCCUACACCAAAGAAAUCACUAUAUGUGGUGAUCUGCAUGGGAGGCUUGAUGACUUACUUCUCAUAUUUUAUAAAAAUGGCCUUCCAUCUGCGGAGACCCCAUAUGUGUUUAAUGGAGAUUUUGUGGACCGUGGGAAAAAGUCGAUCGAGGUGGUCAUCCUCCUGUUUGCCUACCUUCUGCUUUACCCAGACUACAUGCACCUGAACCGAGGAAACCAUGAGGACCACAUAAUGAACCUCAGAUAUGGGUUCACAAAAGAGGUCAUGCAGAAGUACAAGACUCAUGGCCGUGAGAUCCUCCAGCUGUUUCAGGACAUUUUCAGCCUUCUGCCCGUUGCGACAGUCAUUGACGGGAAGAUCCUUAUCGUUCACGGAGGGAUAUCGGAUCAGACUGACCUGGACUUCCUCAGCUCCAUAGAGAGGCACAAGGUGAAAUCUGCCCUGAGGUUUCCCAGACGCAGUUUGGAGCAGCUGGACCUUGGUCAGUCCUGCAGACAGGCAAAAAGGAUGAGAUCGACAGACAGCUCUCGUCCCAGCAGCAGUCGCAGCCACAGCAAGAACCAAAGAACCCCCAGUCUGAGAAAGAGGCGAUGUGGGCUCAGCCGUCAAGACAGCGCUGCCUCCAUUUCCUCCUCCUCAUCCUCGUCCUCGUCCUCCUCUUCGCUCUGCUCUCCUCGAACCCCAUCCUGCCUCUCGCCUCGUCCGUGCCCGUUCUCUCCCAGCAUGCCUUACACCGUCAACGUCCUCCAAGUGCCUUUCCUGGACUCUCUGUCCUCUGUUCCUCCUCCCUCGCCCCCACAACAUGAACGGGAAUGGAAACAGGUAGUGGAUAUAUUGUGGAGUGACCCUAAAACCCAAGAUGGCUGCAGUCCCAACACGUUCAGAGGAGGAGGCUGCUACUUUGGCCCCGACGUCACCCAGAGACUGCUUCUCCAACACGGACUCCAGCUGCUCAUCAGAUCCCACGAGUGCAAACAGGAGGGAUAUGAGCUCUGUCAUGGUGGACAGGUGAUCACUAUUUUCUCAGCAUCAAACUAUUAUGAGGAGGGAAGCAACCGUGGUGCCUACAUCAAACUGGGCAGAGAACUGGUUCCCCGCUUCUACCAGUACCAAGUCAGCCGCACGACACGCAAACUCACCCUGACACAGAGAGUUCGAGCUGCUGAAGGCUCUGCUCUCAGGGCCUUGAAGGAGAAGCUGUUUGCCCAUCGCUCUGAGCUACUGGCAGGCUUCCAGCAGUAUGACCUGAAUAACACGGGUAGUGUGUCAGUCAGCGAAUGGGCUCAGGUGCUGGAGUCUGUACUGAGACUGGACGUGCCCUGGAGGACGCUCCGUCCACACUUAACCCGUCUGGCACCAGAUGGCAGCGUGGAGUAUCAGUCCUGCUUCGAGGAUAUGGGACCAGGGAUUCCUCUGCCUCAGGUUACUCCAAACUUGGCUGAAACUCUGUUCAGAUACAGGACAGAUAUUGAGAUAAUAUUUAACAUUAUAGACAAAGACCAUUCAGGUCUGAUAUCCACUGAGGAGUUUCGUCACACCUGGCGUCUCUUCAGUGCCCACCUGGGUGUUGACAUCGACGACAGAGCCAUCGAUGACCUGGCACGAAGUAUCGACUUCAACAAGGACGGCAGUAUAGACUUCACAGAGUUCCUGGAGGCCUUCAGAGUGGUACACAAACUGGACAACAAGGAUCAGCAACUCAACGGAAAGACUUGAAUGAGAGAAGUAUUCAUGCAAGGAAGAAUGUGAAUGAUCAGCAGAGAAACUGAUGGAGGAGGGAAAGUAGGAGAAUAGGGAUAAGAUUGCAUGAUUUAUUAAAUCUUAAGUUGUUAAAGGAAAAUCCACCUUUAAACACUUGAGGACUGUCACAGAGGUGUUAAUUAAGUCAUAUGUUUUAGCAUUGAGGUCAAAGUUAGUGGUGGUGGUGAGAAGUGUUUCUAACGUUUUGUCCUUGUUAUGUAUGUAAGUGGGGGGAAUGGAAGAAAAGAAACACCUGUCAGUAUAAUGUACUGUAGUCUACUUCAACACCACCUUUAACUAUGACCUCUGUCUGACAAUGUCAACAAAAACCAGAUAUUAGAAACUUUGUAAAGGUGGAAUAUAUAGCAGAGGCUGCAAUAUGUUGUACAGGUGUACCCAAUAAAAUGGACACUAGUUGUAUCACAGCACUCUAGUAUUGCAAGUGUUGUUGCCUGAAGGCUUCAGCAUUAGCAAAAAUAGAGACACACCACUGCCAAAGUUAGGGUUUCAGCUGGUAUGUGUUCAACUGUUAACUAAAAAUGAAUAAAAUCAUCAUCUUUUUUUUAGA